AUGUUUCACCGAGCCCUGAAAACAUGCGUGCCACCAGCAGUCUAUGCACGCUACUACUUUGAUCUGCUCACUGUCGGUGAGGCAGUGGCACUGCCCGCAACAAACGGCGGCGAGCGACGACGCAUGACUCCGCGUCUGGCUCGUCGCCUUCGCGUGCUGCCUGCGAGCGUGGAGGCGCGGGCUGAGUUUCUCGCUGCUGCAGCCUCUGGUGGUAUCGCUUUUGGUGGUGGAGGAAUUCUUUUUGAUCUGCCCUGUUCCUCCCUUACCGACGCCACCUCUGUCUUCGAUGCUCAGCCCCAACAGAACCAUCAAAAUGGGUGCUCUCGUCAGCGACUUCGCUCUCGACAGAGGCCACACUCUGCCAGUCCGCCGCUCUCCUCUACGCAGGUUCGCUUAGUUAUCUAUUCUGGCUUCAUAAAAACUUGCUGGUGUCUGAAUCAGUAUUUUUUUAUUGGCAACCAGUUGAGUCGCAGAAGAUAA